GACUGUCCGGCUGUUCCUCUCCAGACGCGCUCAGUGUGCGCGAGCAGCUCGUGCGUCAUAUUCAUUAAACAUUUGGGUUCAAUGAGGGGGCCGCUGGUUUUCAUCUGUCGGGCUCUGCUGUGGACUGCCGUUUCAGCCCUGUUUACAGCGGUGGUGGAGGAGAGCGCGUACGAGGCAGAACUACACAGCGACAUCAAACUAGCGUGUGGAUUCUCCACAGUCAAAAGAGACUCCGACCUUUCUGUCAUAUGGCGACGAGUCGAGCCAAAUCCAGAUGUGGACGUGUAUCGGCUGGAGAGAGGUAGAGUAAACUACAACUACACGAGUGCUGCGUUCAAAGAGCGUGCGCAGCUUAUCCAAGAACUGCUGGAUGAAAACCGCGCUGUGUUGCACUUGAAGAAACUCAGGAUAAAGGAUUCAGGCACAUAUCAGUGUAUCGUGAAAUACGGGGAUGAAGGAGACUACAAACACGUCACUCUCAAUGUUACAGCUCCGUACACUCCAAUACAGAAAACGGUCAGACAAACAGGACGAGAUGAAGUCGAGCUCUCCUGUGAGACUACAGGAUACCCGCGGCCUCGGGUGAUCUGGAGCGAUGGCCAAAACACAAACCUCACAGACAGAAUCAACAGCACCGCACACACCACAGACGAAGACCUCAUCAACAUCAUCAGCAAACUGAGGGUGAAUGGAGACCUGGUCAACAACUACACCUGCGCCUUCCUCAUAAAGGGUGAAAUCAGGCGGACGGCCACCUUCAGUUUACCAGAUGAAAUCCCCCAUCAAUGCUCUUCUCAUUCUUAUGUGUGGAUCGGAGCAAUAGUGGUUGUGCUUUUGGCCAUCGCCCUCACCUCUGUUGCCCUGCGAAUCAGGAGAAACGGUCAGAAAGGAAGAAGUAAUGAGUCGUCUAAAUGUUGUUUCCUGUUGCCUCACCCCUCUCCUGCUACAAACACUGACUCUUUACUGACAGUAAACGAGAAUAGACCGGAUACAUGUGAGACAACUUUAAAAGUACCUUCGGAAAAGCCUGAAGCUCUGAGGGAGGUGUUAACACAACAAUAUUCGCAGAUCGUUGCAAACACACAGAUGAAAAGCAGAUUUGCGUCAUACUGCACCAACGUGCUGCCACAUGCGCUGUACACAAAAGAAGGACAAUCCCUGAACAUUGCUUCCAUCGUGCCUGAUGAGAGGCAAACUAUCCUUCUGCUGGGAGAACCAGGCAGCGGCAAAACCACCGUAGCACAAAUAAUGUCAUCCUGCUGGGCUCAGAGCAUCACGACAGACCCCUUCAACAUUCACCGACUGCAGCUGGUCGUGCUGGUGGACUGUAAUGAAGCACAAGGAGAUUUUUUCCAAGUGGUCAAAUCAAGCGUGACUCCCGAAACACCGUUAGACGAGUGUGAUCUGAGAGAGACGCUUUUGGGACCAACGGAUUGUUUAGUAAUCCUGGACGGCUACCGAGAGGGGAACACAGACUUGGAUGAAACGCUCAGGACGUUUCUAUCGGAGCGUCAGACGUGUGGGGUUUUGGUGACGUCCCGUACAGGCGAGUGUCCGGCUUUGGAGAACAGAGUCAGGACAGUAGUGCAACUUAUUCCGAGACCGGAAGAGUCUGAAUCGUGAACUUCACUUGAUGGACAAAUAGAGGCGACGGUGAUGCUGAAAUGUCACUUUUCUAUACAUUAAAUGUUGCGAUACAGCAGCGCACAAAUUCAGCACCUUACCUUCAGCAUAUGAUCUUAUUCUUGUCACUCCAAAAAUAUAUACACAUUUAAAUUUAAAUGUGGUGGUGUAGUGGUCUAAGCACCAUAACUGGUAAUCUGGUAAUCAGAAGGUUGCUGGUUCGAUCCCCACAGCCACCACCAUUGUGUCCUUGAGUAAGGCACUUAACUCCAGGUUGCUCCAGGGGAUUGUCCCUGUAAUAAGUGCACUGUAAGUCGCUUUGGAUAAAAGCAUCUGCCAAAUGCAUAAAUGUAAAUGUAAAUAUUCUUGCCUUGUUUUCCAGUAAAAUAUCCUAAAAACAAGAUAAAUGUACUUUGAAAGCAAAACCGCAUGAUUUAAAGACAUGUUAUUCACACCUGGAGUCGUGAGUUUGAAUCUUAGGGUGUGCUGAGUGACUCCAGACGGGUCUCCUAGCAACCACAUUGGCCCGGUUGCUAGGGAGGGUUGAGUCACAUGGGGUAACCUCCUCGUGGUGCUAUAAUGUGGUUCUGUGGUGAGUUGUGUGUGGAUGCCGCGGAGAAUAGCGUGAAGCCUCCACAUGCGCUACGUCUCCGCGGUAACUCAACAAGUCACGUGAUAAGAUGCGCGGAUUGACGGUCUCAGACGUGGAGGCAACUGAGAUUCGUCCUCCGUCACCCGGAUUGAGGCGAGUCACUACGCCACCACGAGGACUUAUGAGCGCAUUGGAGAGAGAGAAAAAAAGCACAAAUCUGUGUUCCAGUGAGACACUUACAAUGGAGGUCAAUGGGAGCAAACACACACACACACACACACACACUUACACACUCACACACACACACACACACACACACACACACACUUACACACUCACACACACACUCUCUCACACACACACACACUUACACACUCACACACACACUCUCACACUCACACACACACUCACACAAUAAUGUUGACAAUAAAGUGAUUUGAUUUGUCACAUGCACACACUCACGCACACACACACACAGACUCACACACACACUCAUGCACACACACAGGUACACACUCAUGCACACACACAGCACAGACACACACACACACACACACUCUCUCACACGCACACUCACACUCACAUUACGCCACCACGAGGACUUCGAGCGCAUUGGGAAUUGGGUGUUCCAAAUUGGGGAGAAAAAUAAGACUUAUUAGACACUAUAUAUUGAAAAUAGUGUAUUUUUCUCACCCCAUUCGCAUAUUUCUGUGAUGUUUAUACUUAAAGCAAGAAAAAUCAACUCGCCAAUGAGCUGCGAAAAACUUGCAAGAUGAAGUCUUCAUAUGUUCUGCAGUUCAGCGUCAGACAUCACCUUGAUUUACAGAUGUGUACUGGGAAACCAGACAGCAUCAUCUGGCAGCAGAUCAAACCAUUGUGCAACGCUUCAGUUCAGUUGUGUGUGUCAAAGACCAAGUGGAGGAACAGAGAAGUGAGAGCUCGACAAUAAAACAUUAUUGCUACAUCAGAUCAUAUCUGCGGUUCAGCUGUUACAGAUUAUAAUGUCAACCUUUCACCUUUAUUAUUAUAACUGCACUUUACAUUUUGUAUUUGUUUAUUAUAUGUGAAGAUUUUGAUUAAUUGCAAUGAAACGUUUGUACUUUUCUUCUCUUGUUACAAUAUAUUUCAUGGGUUUCCUGCAGAAGAUCUUUUCUGGCACUGGUUUGUUUCACUUUCAUUCUGGUUUGACACCUGAACAGGAUUAACUUCCACUUCUGAGAAUCUCACUCAACUUUAACCGGCAGAGUAAAACAGGGAAGUGGAGGUUUCCCGCAAAGGGAGGCCAAAAUAAUCUUUUGAAAUGUACUUCAGUUGGUGUAACACAAGUCAGAUUGAUGCAGUCAUAUGAAAGAAUAUUUUAUUAAAUCCAGUUCAUUUAGAUGGUCACACAUGAGGCCCAUUUUUAGGAUAGCUGACAAAUCACCACGAGUUUUAUAGUGUAUAAUUACAGCAGAUGAGAUCAGAGAGACUAUCAGGACAUUGAGGGAUUCCCCACAGAUCUGAACCACACAACUAAUCAUAAAAAUGAUCUUCCUCUGUUAUUCCUUCUGUUUCCUGCCUUUGUAUAUUAAUAUUAAAAACACACUGCAAAGUUUUGGGAGUGACAAACGAAUCCACUAAAUGUGUGUUUCCAAAAGAGAUUUUACAGCAUUAAAGAACACGUGUACAUUCAGUCAUCACUGCCUGAGUUUUUCCAGGAGUGACAAGAAAACACCUUCACCAUAUUUAAACCCCAUAAAAAAAGUUAUGAAAUUAUAUUCUGCAUUUAGAAAAUAAAGUCUACAUUUAGGCUCUUACAAGGUUCUUAACUCUCUUGACAAGGAGGA